AUGUGGCACCUUUGGAUUGCUUGCAACGACCUAGUUUUCAAUGACAAGGUUCUCUCUCCUGUCGAUGUCAUUUGCCGUGCUCAGAGAGCGUUUGGGGAAUUUGUCACAACCCCAAAGAAAUCACCUGCCACCCUUCAGAGUCCUACGAUGCAGUCUUGCAAUAGAUGGAGUUAUCCACCUCCUAGAGCCCUGAAAUUGAAUGCUGAUGCGGCGGUUGAUCCUUUCAGCCAUAAGGAUGGCAUUGGAGUGGUGAUUCGCAAUGCGCGGGGGUCCCCUGUUCUUGCCUUCUCAGACCCGAAAUCCUUCUCUGAAGUUCUGGUUGGUGAAGCAAUCGCGAUUAGAACUGGUCUUCAGGCAGCUCUCCAGGCAGGGCAUUCCAAUAUUUUGGUUGAAUCUGACAAUUCUGCUCUACUGUCACUGCUCAACAACCCCUCCUUACAUCACCCCUUGGCAGUUACUAAUGUCAUUCAGGAUAUUAGGGUAUUGGCCUCUCAAGUGAAUGUUAUGGAAUUGGUGUUCGUGGGUUCUGCGUUAGCUUUUGUUCUUUUCCUCUUUGCUUUCACCCUACUUGCUGCAAGGUGUGAUUGGGAGAGAGUGAUUGGGGUUGGGAAGAAAUUAGGAUACACAACAGAGAGAAAAGAAGAAAAGUGUGAUUGGGUUAAGAAAGAAGAUAAUGGGAUUGUUGAUAGAGGUGUUAGAAGUUGCACCUUCAUUGUUUAUGGUACAAGUGAGAGUGGGGAAUGGGGAAGGAGGGAUGGAAUUGGUGGAGUUGCAGUGUGGAAAGUUGAAAGUGGAGCUUGA